GUUUGUACAAGCAAAAACUUUUCCCCGCGUUAUUCCCGUCUCUCCUCUUCAUCUCCAGUCCAUUAGGGGGCGAUCAAACACACGAGUUAAACCUCAGAGGAAGAAGAUCAGUUUGACCGCGCUCUCUGAUGUUUUCUCAGGAUUCUGAUUGCGAUGCGUGAUCGAACACAACCCGCUAGAAAUGUGCUUUCUGUAAAUAUAAAAAUUACGUUUUUGAAUCAGAUCAGUAAAAUGCCUGUGAUAUUCUCAUCCUCGUGGUCCUGACUAAGUUUUGAAUCGAGCAGGAAUAUCUGAUGGAGAAGCAUCUGAACUGAGAUCUUCUGCUGUGAAGAUGGUGUUUGUUAAAGAGGAGAGUGAGGAGAACAUGAGAGAACCAGAAACAUGGAAAAUAAAACAAGAGGAACCAGAAACCUGGAGAACGAAAAAAGAAGAACCAGUAACCUGGAGAAUAAAACAAGAAGAAUCAGAAACAUGGAAAAUAAAACAAGAGGAACCAGAAACCUGGAGAACGAAGAAAGAAGAACCAGAAACCUGGAGAAUAAAACAAGAAGAAUCAGAAACAUGGAGAACAAAACAUGAGGAACCAGAAACCUGGAGAAUGAAAAAAGAAGAACCAGAAACCUGGAGAAUAAAACAAGAAUCAGAAACAUGGAGAAUAAAACAAGAAGAAUCAGAAACAUGGAGAAUAAAACAAGAAGAAUCAGAAACAUGGAGAAUAAAACACGAGGAACCAGAAACAUGGAGAACGAAACAAGAAGAACAUGGAGAGUUGAUUGAAGAAAAAGAGAAGAAUCAAGAAUCAAGAGACGAAGCUGGAGAAAAACCCUUGAGUUGCUCUCGUAGCAAAGAGAAAGAUAUGAAGAAAAGAAGAGCUGAGACGUCGUUCACCUGCACUCAGCGUGGAAAGAGUUUCACGCAUUUAGCCCACCUUAAGAAACGCAUGAACAUCCACUCCACACGGCUCAGACGUACUGCUGUGAGAGAUUACAAGCGCUUUGAGCGCGUCUCGGACACCUCUGCAAAACUGCAUGAGAGGAUCCACACCGAAGAGAGAGCUUAUAAGUGUUCACACUGCGACAAGAGAAUGAGUCAUUUAUCAAAUAUGAAAAGACACGAGAGGAUCCACACCGGAGAGAAUCCAUAUAAGUGUUCACACUGCAGCAAGAGGUUCAAAAGGCCAGGAGACCUGCAAAGACACGAGAGGAUCCACACCGGAGAGAAAGCUUACAAGUGCACGCACUGCGACAAGAUUUUCAACGAUUUGUCCAAUCUGAAAAGACACGAGAGGAUCCACACCGGAGAGAAACCUUAUAAGUGCUCGCACUGCGACAAGGGAUUCAGUCAGUCGACAUUUCUGAAGACACACGAGAGGAUCCACACCGGAGAGAAACCCUACGAGUGUUCACACUGCAGCAAGGGAUUCAAAAAGUCAGGAGACCUGCAAAGACACGAGAGGAUCCACACCGGAGAGAAAGCUUACAAGUGCACGCACUGCGACAAGAUUUUCAACGAUUUGUCCAAUCUGAAAAGACACGAGAGGAUCCACACUGCUGAGAAAUGUUAUAAGUGUUCGCACUGCGACAAGAGGUUCAGUCAGUCGGGAUACCUGAAAACACACGAGAGGAUCCACACCGGAGAGAAACCGUAUCAGUGCGCCGCGUGCGGGAAGUGUUUCAUCAACUCAUCUGUUUUAAACAGGCACACAAAAACCCAUCACAGUUUUCGGAUUUUCCCGCCUCUCACUCUUCCCUCUCCAGUCCAGCGGGUGGCGCUAAACCACGUGCUUUACUUAGUGUCAAACACCAUUAAACCUCAGAGGAAGAAGUUCAGUUUCACCAUGGCAGGAAUAUCUGGAGGAGUAUCAUCUGAACUGAGAUCUGCUGCUGUGAAGAUGGUGUUUGUUAAAGAGGAGAGUGAGGAGAACAUGAUUGAACCAGAAAUCUGGAAAAAACACGAGGAACCAGAAACAUGGAGAAUAAAACACGAGGAACCAGAAACAUGGAGAAUAAAACACGAGGAACCAGAAACAUGGAGAAUAAAACACGAGGAACCAGAAACAUGGAGAAUAAAACACGAGGAACAAGAGCUCACUGAACAAAAAGAGAAGAAUCAAGAUUCAAGAGAUGAUGAAGAGAAAAGUCAUGUCAAAACUGAAGAAAAACCUUUGGGUUGCUCCCAAACCGAACAGAAAGAUUUAAAGAAAAGACGAGCUGAGACGUUGUUCAACUGCACUCAGUGUGGAAAGAGUUUCACGAGCAAAUUUGGUCUUGAGCGUCACAUAAGAGUUCAUACUGGAGAGAAGCCGUUCACUUGUUAUCAGUGCGGCAAGAGUUUCACGCAAUUAGCCCACCUUAAGAAACACAUGAACAUCCACACCAGAGUCCACUCCGCACGGCGCAGACAUACUGCUGUGAGAGAGCAUGUGCACUAUGAGUGUGAAAAUACUUCUAAAAAACUACACAAGAGGAUCCACACCGAAGAGAAACCUUAUAAGUGUUCACACUGUGACAAGAGAUUCAAAAACUCAGGAGACCUGAAAACACAUGAGAGGAUCCACACCGGAGAGAAACCCUACGAGUGUUCACACUGUGACAAGAGAUUCAGUAAUUCAGCAAAUAUGAAAACACACCAGAGGAUCCACACUGGAGAGAAACCCUACGAGUGUUCACACUGCAACAAGAGAUUCUGUCAGUCAACAUAUCUGAAAAUACAUGAGAGGAUCCACACGGGAGAGAAACCUUAUCAGUGUUCACACUGUGACAAGAGAUUUAGCACGUUAAAAUAUCUGAAAAUGCAUGAGAGGAUCCACACUGGAGAGAAACCUUACGAGUGUUCACACUGUGACAAGAGAUUCAAAAACUCAGGAGACCUGAAAACACAUGAGAGGAUCCACACCGAGUGA